CAAAUUCUUUAUAUACAUAUGAAAAACCAAGUGUUUGACGAACAUAGUCGUCGGCUUUCCUACCCCGCCGCCGACUAAUAAAUGGCUUCUGAAUCUAAUGGCUUCUCCGCCGCCGCUGCCGCCGCCGCCGACAGAAAAAUCAUCACGUGCAAAGCCGCUGUUGUGUGGGCUCCUGGAGAACCUUUCGUGAUCCAGAAGGUUCAAGUCGAGCCUCCGCAGAAGCUCGAGGUUCGCAUCAAAAUUCUCUUUACUUCCAUCUGCCACACCGAUCUCAGCGCAUGGAAGGGCGAGAAUGAGUUGCAAAGAGUGUAUCCUCGAAUCCUUGGGCACGAAGCAGCGGGUGUGGUGGAGAGCGUGGGCGAAGGGGUGGAGGACCUGCGCUCCGGCGACCACGUCGUGCCAAUCUUCAACGGCGAGUGCGGAGACUGCACGCACUGCCGCAACCCCAACACCAACCUCUGCGCGCGCUACCGGGUGGACCCCUUCAAGAGCGUCAUGGUGGCCGACGGCGGCACGCGCUUCUCCGCUGUGGACGGCGCCUCCGGCGUCCGCCGCCCCGUGUACCACUUCCUCAACACAUCGACCUUCGCUGAGUUCACCGUGCUCGACGCCGCCUGCGUCGCCAAGAUCCCGCCGGCUGCGCCGCUCGAGCGCAUGUGCCUGCUCAGCUGCGGCAUCUCCACCGGAGUUGGUGCAGCAUGGAACACCGCUCAGGUCACCAGCGGCUCCACCGUCGCCGUGUUUGGACUCGGUGCCGUCGGCCUUGCGGUUGCUGAAGGAGCAAGGUACAGGAAAGCUUCCCAAAUUAUUGGCGUCGACAUCAACCCAGAUAAGUUUGUUUUAGGAAAGCAAAUGGGCAUCACGGACUUCGUCAACCCCAAAGAUCACGACAAGUCGGUACACGAGGUGAUAAGGGAGUUGACUGGAGGAGGCGUAGACUACAGCUUUGAGUGCGCCGGAAACCUUGACGCCCUGCGCGAGGCUUUCCUAUCGACCCAUGACGGAUGGGGUUUGACUGUGAUGCUGGGAAUCCAUCCCACCCCGAGAAUGCUCCCUUUUCACCCCAUGGAGCUCUUCGACGGCCGGAGGUUGGUCGCCAGUGUCUUCGGGGAUUUCAAGGGCAAGUCGCAGCUGCUUUCGUUUGCGGAGAAAUGCAUGCAUGGGAAUGGGGAAGAUAAGAUUAAUCUGGACGGGUUCAUCAGCCAUGAGCUGCCAUUUGAGGACAUAAACAAGGCAUUCGAGCUGCUGGAACAGGGAAAGGCUCUGAGGUGCAUGCUGCACUUGUGAUCGUCGCGUGAAAUUAUUUAUGUCAAAUGAAUAAUGUCUUUUCUUUUGCCUUCCUCUCCUAAACUUGUCGAUGUCUUCGACUUGAAUAAGGUGUUCAGUUCUUGAGAAAACGCUGUCGCAUAUGUUAAAACGCUGCCAGAAAUCAACCUUCAUUUACUUGAGAGCAAAAAGUAAUAAAGCGAACAAAUUACAUACGUAUCUCAUUGUUCUUGUAUUCUCUCAAAUAGAUAAAAAUUGUUAAAACUUGAGAGGUAAAAUAUUUUUUUAAAAAAAAAUAGAAAUUUGAAUUGGUCUUUUGAUAUCAAA